CGGCCCCGCGGCCGCCUCCCGCGCGCCCGCGUCGGCUCAGUGACGGCGGGCGGCACCGGGCUCGGCGGACGCGGCGCGGUCUGCGGCCGGAAGCGCCCAGGUCCAGAGGGCGGCGCGAGCAGGGCCCGGCGGGGUCGCGCGCGAGGAGCUGGCGGCGCGGCGGCAUGAGCCACAUUCGCAUCCCGCCGGGGCUCACGGAGCUGCUGCAGGGCUACACGGUGGAGGUGCUGCGGCAGCAGCCGCCGGACCUGGUCGACUUCGCCGUGGGCUACUUCACCCGCCUGCGCGAGGCCCGCUGCCCGGCCGAGCCCCCGGCCGCCCCUCCCGACGCCGGCGCCGCGGGGCUGCAGCCCGAGCCCGGCCCUGCGGCGGACGCGAGCGCGGGCAGCGAGUCCGACGACGAGGACCUGGAUGUUCCAAUUCCGAAAAGGUUUGAUCGGCGAGUAUCAGUGUGCCUGCACACUGACUCUACAGAGGAAGAGGGCGAAGGGAACGAGCCAAGUGUGGUUCACCCUAAAACUGACCAGCAGAGAUGCAGGCUUCAGGAGGCAUGCAAAGACAUUCUCCUUUUCAAAAAUCUUGAUCAGGAACAGCUUUCUCAAGUCCUCGAUGCCAUGUUUGAAAGGACAGUCAAAGUUGAUGAGCAUGUCAUUGACCAAGGAGACGAUGGAGACAACUUCUAUGUCAUAGAACGGGGGACCUAUGACAUCUUAGUAACUAAGGACAGUCAGACGCGCUGUGUCGGCCAGUACGACAGCCACGGCAGCUUCGGAGAGCUGGCCCUGAUGUACAACACCCCGAGGGCUGCAACCAUUGUCGCCACCUCGGAAGGCUCCCUGUGGGGACUGGACCGUCUGACCUUCAGAAGGAUCAUAUUGAAGAACAACGCAAAAAAGAGGAAGAAGUUUGAGUCGUUUAUCGAGUCCUUGCCCCUCCUCAGAUCCCUGGAGGCGUCAGAGCGAAUGAAGAUCGUGGACGUGAUUGGAGAAAAGAUCUAUAAGGAUGGCGACCGCAUAAUCACCCAGGGUGAAAAGGCUGACAGCUUUUACAUCAUAGAGUCUGGUGAAGUGAGCAUCCUGAUCAAAAGCAAGACUAAAGCAAACAAGGAUGGUGGGAACCAGGAGGUCGAGAUUGCCCGCUGCCACAAGGGGCAGUACUUUGGCGAGCUUGCGCUGGUCACCAACAAGCCCCGAGCUGCUUCCGCCUAUGCAGUGGGAGACGUCCAGUGCCUCGUCAUGGACGUGCAGGCGUUCGAGAGGCUCCUGGGGCCCUGCAUGGACAUCAUGAAGAGGAACAUCUCACACUACGAGGAGCAGCUGGUGAAGGUGUUCGGCUCCAGCUUGGAUCUGGUCGACCCGGGGCAGUAAGUGCGCACCCCAGGGCCUUCUCCAGUCAGCCACAGAACACACUCAGAAAACAGACACGACAGACUGUCCCUCUGUUGCCACGGCGCUGCCACUGCGAUGGCCUGGGCACCUAGAAACCCUGCGAGUACCACUGAGGAGAGCGGGGGUGUGACCCACUCCUCCACUCUGCUCCUGGAAGCCCACUGUCAGACCACCGGUAACCCGGUUUUCCAUCUUUGGUUCAAAACGGCAUGUCUCUCCAGCAAUUUAAGUGCCUGAUACGAAGUCCAAAGUGUAAACAUCUUCCUUUCCUCUCUUGAUGCUGCUGUUGCUUUUGGAAGUUAACAGGUCUGCACAAACCUGCUGUGUGACCACAGAUGCCCUCCCAACCUUUCUGGAGGGAUGAAAUCUCCUGGUUUGUCUGUUGAGAAAGCCCACGCCAUUCACCACUGUAGCCUUUGGUUUCACAGAAGACACGGCGGUAUACAGGGUGGAGGUCUGCAGCCCUGUGGCAUUGCGCUGUCUGCUGACAGCCGCCCCAGGCUCACAGCGAUGCGCAGGGAAGGGCCCUGCAUGGGGCCCAGCAGGUCAGCCCCAAAGCACACCGACCUGGCACUGGCCCCCGUGUCAUAGAGAAGAAAAUCUGGGCUCAACAGAGCGCAGGUGGCAGAGAGCCAGAGAGGCUUUCUGGGCUGGGGGAUCUGCUUUUCUGUUCCAGUGGGUUUGGUCAUGUCCUGCCCGGUCUCUGCUGUGCAUGUGAGACAGUGACUAACUGCUCACGAACGGCUGGGGUCUGGGGACACCGCCUCCCCGCCUGACCCCUGCACCUCCCUGGGCCGCUGCCUCGGCUCCCGUUUUCAGCCGCCCCACCAGCUAUGGCAGUGUGCCACGAGAGCCUGUACCACAGAGAGAGCCCUUUUCUUCUACUCCAGAGUUACAGAGCUUUGCUGUUGAAUCAUCAAUUAUUAAACUUUUUAAAGAAGCAAAUUUUUUUUUUUCAUUAAAAAAAAAAUUCUCUAUUUAGAGAAUCCCCCUCAGACACAUUCAUAAAUAUCAGUUUGUCAGCUGGCUCAGGCAUUCGUCCUAAAGAUCAGUUCUUUCUGUUUUCAAAAUUCAGUAUCAUUUACAAUGUCAUCGAAUUACUGCACAGACCUUCCUAAGAUGUUGGAGUAUUUGGGAUCCCAAUGGUUAAUCCCAGAGGAAAGCCAUUUAGCUCAUCUUUUAAAACAUUUUUUAACCUUUUCAUUAAAUCAGGCAGAAUUCUGAUGAGUUACCCUAACUAGAUGUAUUUCAGAAUGAAUUUUGUUUCUUCAGAAUGAGUUAAAAUCAGAUGCUGUAAGAGCUUCUGUGGGCAAGGUGGGGUCUGCAUCAAGAUAAAUUGGAAUGUCCUAGCCACGCCGAUAGGAAAUCAAGAGGCCCUUUCAAAUAAGUUUUUUUUUAAACUUGUAUGAGCCAGUAAAUCCCCAAGAGAUGACACGUGGGGACCGUGGCCCUUCCUGCCGUGGACACAGCAGAGAUGCACAGCCUCCCGCUGCCCCUGCAGCCACGCGCUUGCCUGUGCCGUGGACAGUGCGGUCAGGAGAUUCCCGGAGCGGUGACGCACCACGAGGCCCCGGGCCGGCUCUGCCCUGUGCUUCACAAGCAGAAGCGCGUCACCUGCUGAGUGGCACUCGGAGCUAUGAAAGGGCCGCAGCGCGGCAGCUGGCCUGGGGAAGCCCAACAGUUUCCUACCGUUUUCCAAGCUGCUUUUCUCGGGUGUUGCUUCCUGAUCAAGUAAGUCCGGGAAGCAGAUCUACACCUUAGCGGACAAGAACCGUGCCUGUUUGUCGCAAGGGUGUUGCAAGUGGUGCCGAGGUCUAGCCCCAGACUGUUUGAACCCUGAGCAGACAGAUGCCCCCCUGUACCCCCAUGCCAGCAGCAGUCAGGGCGCCUGUGAACCCUGUGCGGGUCUCCUGCCGGUGGCUCCUGACGGGCCCUCCCACUGGCCUCUCGCACGUGCCGGUUCAGUAUUCCAUUCACAGAGCCUCUGGCUGCACAGCCCAUGAUGGCUGCUGCUUUACAGAGGAGAGUCCAUGAUGCUGAGGACUCCUGCUCUGGCUGCAGGUUGCCGCAUGGGUCAUCUGUGCAGACCCUCACACAUACCCGUAGAGGUCUGGGUGGAGGAAGGGAGACUACAGGGACAGGUGUGAGUGAAACAGGGCACACUCAUGUAGGUGCCAGGAGUCUGCCCGUGUUCUGUUCUCUUUGCAACAAUCAGAGGUGCACACCAAGCCUGACUUGGGGUUCCAGUGUCCACUUGUGCUGGGGAGCACUGUUGGCUGAGCCUCAAGGGGCAAGCAUGUUGGGAGGAGGUCCCCUGGUUAAUUGUACCACGUUGUUACCUUCUAUGGGCUAGAGCUCCGCGCCCUCUUUUCUGGCCUUGCUAUUGAUUUGGGUGGUGGAGAAUGUUCCUGAGACCCUGGGGGGGUCCAACCUCUAGUGUUCCCCAUCCUUCUGCUCUGUUUUCACCCCACCACCACCCCGCUCUGCUUUGGUUGUGCUCUCUAAAGGAAGGGAGGGUCUGUGUGCUCUGUGCUCCAUGUCGGCGCCCUUAUGUGUAACUUUGUGUAAAUAUAAUUGCCCCAGAUUCUCAGAAAUCAGGGUGGAGAUUUUCUCUGAGCAGUUUAAUAAGCAAAUUCAGAAGCAAAGUAGCAAGAAAUGGUUCUCCAGCCAGGAGAGGUCAUAGUCAUCUUAUUGCCCAGAUUCUAUGCUCGCAGCAGUGGAGCCGCUGGGCCUGCCGCGUGUCCCAGUACAAACCGCCCUCCUGCGUUUAGAAAAAUUGAAAGCAUAUUUGCACAGAGGAAAAGGGAAAAGACUCAUGAAUGUCACCUGUUAUCUUUUGUUUUCAGUUGGCUGAUGUUGGAAUUUCUGUUGUUGACAUGCAUGUCAAAAAAUCUUUCCAAGAUACAAGUCAUUCUGGUUUUUCACCACGGUCACCUCUUGUCCCUCUGUCUUCACUGCUGGAGUUCCUCAGUGGCUCUAAUUUCUGUUUUAUGGGAAGCAGCCUUCCCCUGGGUUUCCUUCCACCCACUGCAGGACUAUCUUCAUACCUUUAAAAAAACAAAAGGGAGAAAACCAUCACUAACCUUGUGGGGGAUUUGUAGAAAACUAGUUAGCCCUCCUUGAGCAAAAGGUAGAUUCCUCAUUGUUUUCUUAAGUUCAUUGUAAUUAAAGAAAUCUAAUGCAGCAUUAUUGUGCUACCUCAAAGGUAAAAAUGUUUUAAGGUGUUUUUUUGGUCCUGAGUUCUACACAUAGUGUUUGAAGUGUCUUUCAAUUGGAAUUAUUUUUAAAACUUUGGGGAGAAUCUUAUUUUAACCCAUUUUACACUUGUAUUUUAAUCUCAAAAGAAGAAAUGAUUAAAAAGUGAUCAAUUCUUGUUCUGUCGUACUGAACCUAUAAAUUUAUUGUUUGCCAUAGUAAGGAUGGGUUUUUAGGAGGAAACGCUAGGGCUCAGCUUCGCUCUGGCUAAUUAAUAAAGGCUGACGAGCCACGUCUGACGUUGUGGUGCA